GAACCGCGCCAGCUGAGUCCGCUGGAGCCCAGCCCCUCUCUCCUGUCUUCUUGGAGGCUUGCUCCUUCCCAGGGCGUUUGUGGCUCACGCUUCCAUGUCCCCGGUGGGCACAGCACCCCGGAACCUCCACGCCCAUGGCCGCUAGCCUGAGGAGGCCCUCUUUCACCUCCUGUUCUUCCUCCUCGACAGACACGGACGACGAGGGUGUGCGCGGCACUUGUGAAGAUGCUUCUAUAUGCAAGAGUUUUCCAGUGAGAUGGAUUUCAGGGGAGAAGCCUCUUCAAAAUGGUCCUCCAAAGAGGUUAUGUCCGUUUCUGUUCUCAUGGUUUGCAGUCAGCAUUGGCUACUGGCAUGACCCCUACAUCCAGCAUCUUGUAAGGCUGUCUAAGGAGAGGAAGGCCCCCAAGAUUAACAGAGGAUAUUUUGCUCGCGUCCAUGGCGUCAGUCAGCUUAUAAAGGCAUUUCUACGGAAGACAGAAUGUCAUUGUCAAAUUCUAAAUCUCGGGGCUGGGAUGGAUACCACCUUCUGGAGAUUAAAGGAUGAAGAUCUUCUCCCCAGUAAAUAUUUUGAGGUGGACUUUCCCAUGAUAAUCACGAGAAAGCUGCACAGCAUCAAAUAUAAGUCUUUCUUAUCACAAUCCAUUGUAGAAUUACAUUCAGAGGACACACUUCAAAUCGAGGGACACCUGUUGGAUUCAAAGAGAUAUGCCAUUAUUGGAGCAGACCUCCGAGAUUUACCUGAACUCGAAGAGAAGCUAAAGAAAUGUAACAUGAAUCCACAAUUGCCAACACUCCUGAUAACGGAAUGUGUGCUGGUUUACAUGACUCCGGAGCAGUCGGCCAACCUUAUCAAGUGGGCAGCUCACAGUUUUGAGACCGCUAUGUUCAUAAACUACGAACAGGUGAACAUGGACGACCGGUUUGGACAGAUCAUGGUCGAAAACCUGCGGAGGCGACAGUGUGACCUGGCAGGAGUGGAGACCUGCAAGUCGUUAGAGUCACAGAAAGAACGGCUCCUGGCGAAUGGGUGGGAAACAGCGUCAGCCGUCAACAUGAUGGAAGUGUACAGCACAUUGCCUCAGGCCGAAGUGAGCAGAAUAGAGUCCCUUGAAUUCCUGGAUGAAAUGGAGCUUCUCGAACAGCUCAUGCAGCACUACUGCCUUUGUUGGGCAACCAAAGGAGGAAGUGAACUGGGCUUGAAGGAAAUCACUUACUAAUCUGUUGGAGGCCCAACUGAGCUGGGAGCGGAUGCCCCUGACCUCCCAGGAGUGGAUGGGCCGUGUUUCCUGGGCGGUGGCCGGCCCUGCGCUCGCCCUACAGCCUGACAAACCUCACUUCUGGGGGGCUGUCGUACCACCUUCUGUGCCCAUCGACUUACCAUUUAAAUAAAUCUCGUUUGCCAAUUGCC